AUGGCCGCCAACGUCAACCGCCCCGUUGUGAAGGAACAGAAGGACGCAGAUGUCAACCGCAAGCUCCAGAUCUACGGCAUCAUCUCUGCCUUUAAGCAUGGCAAGGUUCCAUCGAACGACCAAAUCGACGUAGCUCUCAACAGUUUCUUGGAAUCACAGGCUCUGUCGAGACCCUCAGAUAAGCUUUCCCCAGAUGGCAAACUCCUUGUUGAGGACCUCAAGGAGAUUGUACAGCAGUCCAAGAGCCUCAUACUGUCCAAGAAUCAAGGAGAUCUGAUUCAGGACUUUAUUUGGCAAACCACUCAGUAUGAAUACAAGAGCAUCACUGCUCCUGGCGCUCCUGUGGAUAAGGACACUGCCAAGCGAGAUGGAGACGAGGCUCUAAAGGGGUUGAGGACACUCGGCACCCUCAUUAUCACCAACGGCCAGUUCCGGAAGCUGCUAAAGGACUUCUCUAUUCUUAUCCGCGAUAUUGCGGGAGAUGCUGCCGGCAAUGCCGCCAACAAGGUCCGCCCAUCGGAAGAACAAUUGGGCCAGCUUGAUCAAGCUGCCCCGGACAACACCUGGCAUGAGAAGCCCAACCUGAGCAAGGAGAAUCUUAAGAAGCAAGCCCAAAACGUCUAUGGUGGAAAUGCCAAGAAGGAUACCAAAGAUGUUGCUCAAGCCGGCAUCCAGGCCUCCAACGCUCAGCAAUCCAGCAAUGCUGCUGAAGUCGAUAGACAGGCCGCUCAGUCCGCCGCCAGACAGGUCGCCGAAGACAAGGUUGACCAGGCUGUUGAUGACGAAACCAAGCAAAAGAUCAAGGAGCGUAAUGCGGAGUAUCGUCGAAGGGCUCGAACCUACUUUGACAAGAAAAUGCCCAAGGAGCGUAAAGAUCAGAUCAUCUUCAGGCUAAAGAAGAUGAUCCUGGAGUGUCAGCAACACACUGAUUACAUGGAGGCGAUUCAAACCUUGCUCCGUCUAGCUGAGAACUACGGCAGGCAUGGGCGUACAUUUGGAUCCGGCUCGGCUUCCACUGCCAAGGAGACUCGGUCGGGUUUUGCCGCUGCUGAGGCUGACCUCCGCACCAUCAUCGAGCGUUUUGCCAAUGGCACUUCCACUGAGGAUCUCUGGGCAUCGAUCGCUCAGAUCUACAAAGAUGCUGAGCACGACGAAGAGCUUCGCAACUGGUUCAAGACCGUGGACGCUUACGUGCGACGUUGUCUUCUCGAGCAAGGAUAUAUCCUUGAGGACGAGUCAACCGUUGAGUGGGACCGUCUCUACGACAAGGGCAGAUAUCUGCUUCGUGAGAAGUAUCGAAGCCACACUGACCGAGUCCUCGAUGAAAUCAAGUUUGUCGCCAACCAAUUCGACGAGGAUGUUCAGAACAAGGCUUUUGCUAAGUCUGUGGAGAAGCUAUUCCACGACCUGGGCAACGAUGAGUUUGGCAAGGCUGUUUUCAAGCCUCAUCUUCUCAAGGAUCUAACUGAGGUCAUAAUCCCUGCCAUCUUGGAAAAGAUUGCCUACGUUCCCAUCCCACGCAUCGAGUACUCUGAUCCCAAGAUUGAUGCUGUCAUUGAAAAUCUGGUAUUGGAGAGUGACAACUUCAUGCCCAACGUCUUGGAGAUUGCGAGCGAGAACUUUGUGCGAUUGGGACGUAAGAAGUUCAGCAAUAAGCACAAGCACAACAUCGAAGUCAAGGCAUCAGGUAUUCAGAUGGACCUGCGUGAUGUUGGUUUUCACAUCAAACGCAAGCAGGGCUUCCCUAGCAUCACCGAUACUGGUGUAGCCGAUAUUAUACUGCCAGGUAACGGUUUUUCGUUCAAAUUGAAGAUCUCGUCGGCCGAAAAGAAAGACAAGCAGCAUUUCUUCAAGAUCGACAAAGUCGAUGUUGACUUUAAGGAUCUAAAGCUGAAAGUCAUCAAGUCCAACCACAAGCUCCUUCUUACCCUGUUCAAGCCUCUUGCCCUGCGAGCCAUUCGACCUGUGUUGCAGAAGGUUGUGGAAACAGCCAUCAGGGAGCAAUUCAAUCGACUUGAUUCCUUGUUCCAUGAUGUAAAGCUAGAGGUUGAUAAUAUGGUGACUGAAGCCAAGGGAGACCCUGAAAAUGCUCCUAAUAUUUACAAGCGAUACUCGACCGCCUUCCAAAAGCGCCUUGCGCAACACAAGGAGAAGGCCAAGAAGAAGGUCACCGAAAACAGGAAAUUCAACAUGGCCAUUACGAAGGAGGACAGCAUUUUCCCCAACGUCAAUUUGCCAGGUGGAAUCAGCUCCAAGGCUACUGAGUACAGAGAGCUGGCUCGCAAGGGUGACAAGUGGGAAAGCCCAGUGUUUUCGAUUGGCACCGCUAAGCACAGCACCAGCCUUCCUUCUGCUCCAAAGAUCGAACGCAAGGCUCACCCAGCGACAAACGGUCGUACCAACGGCCAUACUAAUGGUGCAACCAAUGGCCACACGAACGGGGCAAGUAACAUCCCUCGUAGCGCCAACCUCAAUGCGGGAAGCGCCAACUUCAAUGCGGGGGCCUCUUACAAGCCAACUACCGCCGAUUUUCUCCCACCUCAAGCUGCACCAACUCAGUCUGCGCCAACUCAGGCUGCGCCAGCCCUCCAAAACUAUUAG